UAUUAUUCUCCAACAAUUAUUUAACUCCUUCCACAAAGCAAACGAUCACAUAACCAAAAAUGAAAGAAGAAAAAGUAAUUCAAGAUCCAUUAAUCCAAAGACAACAUGAAGAAGAAGAAGAAGAGUUAGGUUUAAGAAGACAAGUAUACGAUGAAGUAAAGAAGCAAAUAGGAUUAUCAUGUCCAUUGAUAGCAGUAAGCUUGUUGCAGUAUUGUCUUGAAGUGAUUUCAAUCAUGUUUGUUGGUCAUCUUGGACAACUCCCUCUCUCCAGUGCUUCCAUGGCUACAUCUUUUGCUUCCUUCACUGGUUUUAGUGUCUUGUUAGGAAUGGGAAGUGCAUUAGAGACACUAUGUGGACAAUCCUAUGGAGCUAAACAAUACCACAUGCUUGGGAUUCAAAUGCAAAGAGCAAUGUUGACUCUCACAACCCUAAGCAUUCCACUUGCAUUUAUCUGGUUCUACACUCCCACAAUCUUCAUAGCUUUAGGUCAAGAUCAAGAAAUAUCAAAUGGGGCUGGAACUUUUAUUCGUUGGAUGAUUCCAAGGUUUGGAAUCAAAGGGGCUGCAUUGGCUAAUACAAUAUCGAAUUGGAUGAAUGUUGUUUUUUUGGGAUUUUAUGUCAAGUUUUCUAAUGCUUGUUUACACACUUGGACUGGUUUUUCAAAAGAAGCUUUCAAUGAUGUUCUUAGCUUCAUGAAACUUGCUGUUCCUUCUGCUCUUAUGAUUUGCCUUGAAUAUUGGACAUUUGAUAUGGUAGUUUUGUUAUCUGGUCUUCUCCCAAACCCGAAGUUAGAGACAUCUGUAUUAUCAAUCAGCCUUAACACAUGUUGGAUGGUGUAUAUGAUAUCUGUUGGCCUUGGUGGAGCAAUAAGUACAAGAGUUUCAAAUGAGUUAGGGGCAUCAAGACCUAAAGCGGCACGUUUGGCUGUUUGUGUUGUGGUUGUAAUAGCAAUUUUGGAGGGUUUAAUAGUAGGAACAAUUACUAUUUUAGUACGAAAUGUUUGGGGGAAAUUAUAUAGCAAUGAUGAAGAAGUUAUUAAAUAUGUUGCAAAAAUGAUGCCACUACUUGCAUUAUCAGAUUUCUUAGAUGGAUUUCAAUGCGUUCUUUCAGGUGCUGCUAGAGGAUGUGGGUGGCAAAAUGUGUGUGCAAUUAUCAAUCUUGGAGCUUAUUAUGUUGUGGGAAUUCCUUGUGCAUUGCUAUUUGCUUUUGUUCUUCAUGUUGGAGGCAUGGGGCUAUGGAUGGGGAUCAUUUGUGCACUUUCUGUACAAGUUGUGGCACUAGUUGCAAUUAAUUUGUCGACUAAUUGGAAUGAUGAGGCAUGGAAAGCUAUAAAUAGAGUUCAAACAAGUAUAGGUAGUGAAUGAAUGAUAUUGUCAUUUUGUUUUAUAGAGUGUGAGGAGAAAUUGAAUUUGAAAACUAAUGAUGGAUAUUAAUGUAAAUGUAAAUAUUUUUAGAGGUGAUAAAACUUUUUUUUUUCUAAAAUCAUAA